CACUCGACACGAUACACAUUCAUGGGUUACGAUGUUGUCCUCCUACGACCUGGACUCUUAUCGAAAGGCGCGAAGAGCUUUUUCCCUGAAGAGCUAUGGAAUAUUUAUCCUUUGGAUUAUUUUGGCUUUAGCCCAAUGGAUAGUAGUCGCCAUGUUGAACGAUACUCGGCAUAUAUUCCACAAAUUUUACUUUAUCAGCUUCAUAACCUUUCUCCUGGCAGUACUGUUCCUAAUACUCUUCAUCUUUGUCGAGAAGCUGCGCUUCAUCAAGGUGCUAAGCUUUCUCCUAGCCUUUAUUAUCGUAGAGCUCCAGAUUGUUUCCACAUUCGCUCUGGUCGUGAUUAGUUGGUGGGCGGAUGUUCUGGCCUUUUUCGGGCUCUGUAUAUUACUGAUAGUGAUUUUCGCCCUAAUAGGAGUUAUUCUGCCCAAAAAGAUGGAUCUCACACUGGACAUUGCAGUCCUGUUUAUAUUGUCCUUUAUAUUUAUGGUUAUAGCCAGCUUCACGCUGAUUGUCCAUCUCACCAUGGCUUUCACUGUGCCCUUUGCAUAUGUGGUCGUGGAGCUGGCUAUUUCCAUAACUAUUUUGCUGUUUGUGAUGUAUCAUGCCCAGACCAUCCAUGGGCAUCGGUUCGCCGAAAUGCGUCUCAAUGACUUCCUUCUGGCUUCAAUUAUCCUCUUCCACGACUUCCUCAUCAUAUACUGGCUGACAUUCUAUUGGCAAAUCAACUACAGGCUCGUCACCUCAGAUGCUUGGAUAGCCUCCUCUUCUGCGUCUCCGAAUCGCAAUGCAUCAGUAAAGUUUUUGGAUGAUGUUUAUAUGUCCGACUGGGAAUUGGUCACUACUCCUGGUAAUGAAUUCAAAGGGUGGAACGCGAAAACGCCAGGUGGGGAGGCGACAACAAAUCACCCACCGGGACAUAGGCCAAAGACCGAUCACAGAUUCUGGGCUGUGAACAAGCGAACAAGAUAUCCUGGACGACACAAUAACAGGUAUCCUGAUGGCCGAAGAGGCUAUGGAAAUGACUAUGGCCAUCGCUGGGAUCCUGAGGACAUGACCCCUGGCACUGAAGCAACGGGUAAGCCCUUCGACGAUCAUCACUUUGAAAACUAUCCAAGGCGAAGGCCCUCUGAGGAUAUGCCAAGUUUUCGCCAAAUGCCCGAUUCAAGCUCCCCGGCUAUUGAUGGUUCGUUCACCACAAGAAAUUCCUUUCCUAAGCCAGGCCAUGGUCGCGAAGGAAUAUUCCCAAUUAUGCCCAACCAGAAUGCUCAACCGAAAGAAGGGAAAUAUAAAAUACGCCCAAAUAAUCACUAUUUUUAUAGGAAAGACAGUCUUCCGUUUAAUGAAGAACCAAAUCAAUUUGAUUUAUAUGAUCCUUUUCAUAGAAGAAUUGAACCAAACGAAUCUAUAAGUCCAUAUCGUAAGGACAAAGCUCAAAAUCCUCAACCUUAUGAAGGACAGGGAUAUAGCGAGCUUGAUACAGAUGAGUCUGAAAGUCCAUACAUUUCUGAAGAAGGUCUGGAUAAGGAAAAUUAUUACGAUAGUCCAAAAUAUGUACAAAAUGCUUACCCACCAAUUAAGGGACUAAGCAAGAGUCUUAUGAAAAAUAUUACCAGAAACUCCCUCAUCAAUCCAGAUGAUAACGUACCUAUAGGCGAUGUGGAAAUCAUAGAUCCAAGUGAAUUAGCUUUUAAAGCUGCAGUUUCUUCGAAAAAGGGUUCUGAAGAAUUGUUAAGUGAUUCACCUGGCCGGGAGCCUCAAGAUGACGGAGAUAAACCAGACAUCUAUCAGAUACGUGAACCUCUCACAACAAACCAUUAUCCCACCGGACUGCCGGACUUUGAAAAACUUGUAUUAAACGUCAGCUCGAGUAUGUUGAAAUAGACUUUUAAAGACCGUGACAAUA